AUGGCCUCACGCGGAUGGCUCUACAUCCAGGCCGUCGUGUGGCGGUUCCUCAUGCGCAUUGGUAUGCUGCUACAUUACAUCGCACCACCGCGUCCUCCGCGACCUUCCUUCACCCGCACCGUACGAUCCGACAUCCACGGCCACUCCAUCGUCAUUCACUUCUAUUGUCCUCGUGACUAUCGACAGCGACUACGGGAAGGAUACCGGUUCCCCGUGGCCGUUAAUUUCCAUGGCGGAGGAUUCACGCUCGGAAGUGCGACCGACGAUGCCCGCUGGGCUGCGGCCGUUGUCGAGCACGUCGAUGCGGUGGUUGCCAGCGUCGGUUAUCGGAAGGCACCGGAGCAUCCCUUCCCAGUCGCGGUCGAUGAUUGCGUAGAGGCACUGUUGUACUUAGCAUCACACGCGGGUGAUCUCGCCCUCGAUGUCAGCCGUGUGGCUUUGAGUGGAUUCUCGGCGGGUGGCAAUCUUGCCGUGACCGUGCCGUUGCGCUUGCAAGGCAGGGUAUUGACGAAGAUCAACGAAAACCUAGGCCGGACUGAGUCAACGCAGCGACUGGUGGACCAGACGAGUGAUCUCAAUAUAGUCGCAUUGUUCUGUUGGUAUCCGAUCCUCGAUUUCCUGGAAUCGCGGGACCACCGGCGGGCUAUGAGUAUCAUGCCGAAUAAAACCUUGCCCAAAUUCUUCACGAAUCUUUUCGACGAGGCCUAUCUGCCUGACAUCGCCGACCGGUCCUCGCCUUUUGCCUCGCCUGUUCGCGCUUCCGAUCGCUUGCUGAGCGAGGGGCUGCCUCAGGACGUUUUCUUGUAUAUCUGUGAAUGGGAUAUGUUGAUGAAAGAAGGUCAGACUUUCGUUCGUCGACUAGAGGGCCUUGGAAAACGUGUGCGAGCGAUGAUGAUCGAAAAAGCUAAACAUGCUUGGGACAAGUCCGCCAACCCGUUCCGCGACCAGUACAGUGUGGACAUUCUCUACAAGGACGCCUGCGCCGACAUGAAAGCUAUCUUCGACCGGUGA